AUGACUUACCCAGGCUUCAGCUGUCAGCUCCUGCUCUUAUUUCUUGGGCCUGGCUUCAGUUUGGGUGCUGCUCUCCAUUUAAUGCAUUGCGCCCCUUGUACUGAAGAAAAGCUCAGGCUGUGUCCACCAGUGUCAGCCAACUGCCCAGAAACAUCCCAUCAACCAGGCUGCAGUUGUUGUCAUAGCUGUGCCCUUCAGCUGGGGGAGCCUUGUGGAAUAUACACAGCAAGGUGUAGCCAGGGGCUUAGUUGCCAGGUACAGGUAGAUCAAGCUCGACCUCUUUAUGUUCUCACUCAGGGGCAAGGUACAUGCCUCCCCAUUGCUGGCAGGACAGAAACUGCAGAAUCUGUAGAACCAGAAGAUAUGCCCACUGAAGGUGAUGAAAUAACAGCAGAUCAUUUGGUCAACUAUGAGGUGGCAUUUUCAGCUGAGCAAGAUAAAUCUGCCUCGUGGGAUGCUAAUAACAUUUAUGAAAGUUUGAGAGCAGACAAACCUGCUGAAGUUAAAAAGCGGAGGGAACAGGGACCAUGUCAAAAAGAACUGUACAAAGCACUGGAUAAAUUGGCAAAAGCUCAACAAACAACAGGAGGACAAUUAUAUAGAUUCUAUUUACCCAACUGUAAUAAAAAUGGAUUUUAUCAUAGUAAACAGUGUGAAACUUCACUUGAUGGAAAUCCUGCAAGUUGCUGGUGUGUGUAUCCAAAGAAUGGGAAGAGGAUUCCUGAGUCUCCAGAAAUGAUGGGCAAUCUUGAAUGUGAACAAUUUAUUAGCUCACAAAAAUAA